CCCCGACGUCACGGCUGGAGGCUGGCUGCUCACCUCCAACAGAGAAGCUUUCCUGGACUUCUCAGGCUUCUUAGAGUUCUUCUUACAGUUCUUCGAGUUGCAGCAGUUCGGCGGAGGAAGAAAGAAAACGGAGCUACAUCCACUUCUUCACGCGAACAUUUGAUUUUCAUUAUUUAUCAUUUUUUCAAGUUUCAAAGUAAAAGCAACGUUUAGUUGUUAUGUCGCGUUAGCUACCAAGGUGUUUUAACACACAGGUCGCCGACGUCACCGACAUUGACAUGCUCAGGAAUACGAUCGUUUUCCUUUACUACUUGUAAGAAUUGAAAGGAGUGUUUCACUGAGCCCGGAUCUUGUUUCCCUGAAACGUUUUUAGUCUUCAUUUGACUUCAUGUUCGGUGUGGAUAUGGCCCGGAUAAGAUGGGGCCUUUUAUUUUCGAUGGGCUUCUUUUUCUCCCCGGUAUGUGUGUCAACGGAGCAGCAGCCGAGCCAGGGCGGCUUCAGGAGGCUCUACGUGCUGCAGCCCGGCCCGGGGUCGGCCGGGGCGAGCGGCGGGGUGCGGGUUAGCUCCAUCGCGACGCGCCACGGCGCGGCGGGGCAGCCGCACGCCUACAACGUGGAGCUCACCGCUAACUACGGCAGCCAGGUCCGGACCCGCAGGAUGGGGAGCCAGGCGGCUGCAGCCCCGCAGCCCAGGCAGCAGCAGCUCAUGAAGCUGUCGGGGGUGAAUGUCUGUGGAGGGCAGUGCUGUCAUGGAUGGAGUGCUGCUCAGGGGUCGCAGCGAUGCACAAAACCCAGUUGCAUCCCUAAAUGCCAGAAUGGAGGAAUGUGCCUCAGGCCUCAGCUCUGUGUCUGCAACCCUGGCUCAAAGGGGAUGGCAUGCGAACAGAAGACGGAGGCUAUACACCCUAUUCCGUCCCUGCCUGGUAACCGGCCCACCAACGGGCACACCGCUGGUAAUUCGAAUGGAAACACCAAUGGACAUAAUUUGGUACCCCAGCGGCCCAUACCUCAGCAAGUUCCUGUCAAUGGUUAUAACUCAGCCCCCCCUCCAUCCAACAUGGCCCAGAUGAAACUAAGUGUCAAGUCGCCCCCACAGCUUGUAAGACCAGAUUACAUCCAACAGCAUAUCCAACAACAGAUCCGACCUAUAGCAAUGCACCCAAGUCUGAGCCGUCAGUAUGUUAUAAAGCCCAAAUACUACCACGCACACACCACCAACGCACAAACUCACGUCCAAUCCCAACCUGAGAGGCCGAUCCCCCUGACAGUGGGAAACAACGCUAUCCACGUGGGCAACCAUACAGGAAGGAUCAAGGUGGUCUUCACACCAACCAUCUGCAAAUUAACCUGCAUAGGAGGCAGAUGUCAUAACAACUGCGAGCUGGGAAACACUACCACCAUCAUCAGUGAGAACGGCCACGCUACAGACACCCUAACAGCUCCCAACUUCAGAGUAGUGGUAUGUCACCUGCCGUGUAUGAAUGGUGGGAAGUGCAGCACCAGGGACAAGUGUCAAUGCCCUCCCAACUUCACGGGAAAGUUCUGUCAGAUGCCUGUUCAGAACGGGCACCAGCAGGCGUCAGCUGGCUACAACCAAGCUCAGGUCCAUUCCACACAGACACUGCCUCUGACCUACAGCAACGGCCAGAAUCCCGGGUUCAGUCCCAGCCUUGUCAACAUCCACAUCAAACAUCCUCCAGAGGCUUCUGUCCAGGUCCACCAGGUGUCCCAGCUUGAUAACUACCAGAGCAACGGGUACCAGCUGAAAGAUUCCCAGUCAGGCUCCUCUUCAUCCACUAGUUACACCUAUCACAACACGCAGAGCAGCCAGAAGAUCCAGCACCACGGCUACAACAUUUACCCCAGCCAGCAUGGCUACCAGGUCCCUCAGUACCAGCCUGUCACCAAGAACACUCUGGGUCGCUGCUUCCAGGAGACAGCGGGGAGUCAGUGUGGGAAGGCUCUGCCAGGUCUCACUAAGCAGGAGCAGUGUUGUGGGACCAUUGGCACAUCCUGGGGUUUCCACAAAUGCCAGAAGUGUCCCAAUGAAGCGUCUAUUCCUCUGAUAGAUUGUCCUCAGGGUUACAGGAGAAUCAACAGCACUCAUUGCCAAGAUGUCGAUGAGUGCCAGCUGCAGGGCGUGUGUCCUAAUGGAAACUGCCAGAACAGUGUGGGCAGCUACAGGUGCAUGUGUAAAGCAGGCUAUGUCCCUGACCCCACACUCACCACUUGCAUAACCAACACUGCCAUCCAAGAGGAGAAAGGGCCUUGCUUCCGUUUGGUCAGCUCAGGGAGGCAAUGUUUGCACCCAGUAUCUACCAUGCUGAGCAAACAGCUCUGCUGCUGCAGUGUGGGUAAAGCCUGGGGCCCUCGUUGUGACAAAUGCCCCCCACCAGGAACAGAUAACUUCAAAGGCAUCUGCCCGGGUGGAAUGGGCUACACUGUUCUACCAAAUCCACCUGUCAAUAAACCAGUCAUCAAAUACCAGAACCCCAAUGACCCACUACCCCCUCAACCUCUGCCAACGCCAGAGAGACCAGUGGAGGCCUUUGGGAAACCAGAAGGUAUUAUACCAGUAGCAACAACUGCAGCAGAUCAGGACCUGGUAGUUCCUAUGGUUAGUAAUAGACCAGUAGUUGAACCUAUCCAGCCUCAGCUAUCGCCAGGUGUUUCCACUGUCAGGAUCGAAGCAGCCUUCCCAGAAGUAGUUGAGAGGAGCUCUCCUCCUACACCAGUGGAGAUCCUCCCAUCUAAUGCCGGCCAGGACAUUGCUCCCACCCAGUCAGCUGAGGUGGAUGAAUGCCAGAUCAACCCUUAUAUUUGUGGCCAGGGGAUUUGUUACAACACAGCACAGGGUUACACCUGCCACUGUGAUGAAGGAUACCAGCUGGAUGACACCCAAACCACCUGUGUAGAUGCAGAUGAGUGUUUGGACAGCACAUCUUUGUGCUCUGGUGGUCGCUGCAAGAACACAGAGGGCAGUUUUCUGUGUGAGUGUCUGCAAGGAUUCCUCGUCAAUGAGGAGGGAACCAGUUGUUUCGAUAUAGAUGAGUGCCAGGACCAGCGGGUGUGUACCAGAGGCCACUGCGAGAACACUGAAGGCUCAUUCAUCUGUCACUGUGCACCAGGCUUCAGAGUGUCCCGAGCCGGAGACCAAUGUGAUGAUGUGGACGAGUGCUUAGAAGAACCCGGUUCCUGUGAGGCUGUAGGGGAGUGUGUUAACAACAUGGGCUCAUACACCUGCACCUGCCCCCGGGGAUACCGACAGAUCAACGGCACCAGCUGCCCAGACGUUGAUGAAUGUGUGGAUGAACCGGAGUUCUGUUCGCCUCACGGAGAGUGUCUCAACACAGAGGGAUCAUAUCUGUGUGUGUGUGAAAGUGGAUUCACUGCCAGCCUCGAUGCACCCUCCUGUGAUGAUAUUGAUGAGUGUGGCCUCGAUGAGACACUGUGUGGCCCUGGCGGCUUCUGUGUGAACAGACUGGGUUCGUUCCAAUGUCUCUGUGAGCAGGGCUACCAGGAGUCCCAGGAUGGCAAGGACUGUGUGGAGGUGAAUGAGUGUGAUUUGCUGGGCAGUGUGUGUGGAGAGGCCCAGUGUGUAAAUGUUGAGGGUUCCUUCCUCUGCGUGUGCCCCAGCGGCCAGGACUAUAACGUCAUGAUCGCCAAGUGUGAGCCAGUUCCCACAGUGUCACCAGUGGAGCGAAAAGAGUGCUACUAUCGUCUGAACGAUAAGAACCUGUGUGAGAGUGUGCUGAUCAGCCAUGUCACCCUGCAGGAGUGCUGCUGCACACUGGGAGCAGGAUGGGGGGACAACUGUGAGGUGCAUCCCUGCCCUGUCAAUGGAACAGUCCAAUUCAGUGAGAUGUGUCCAUACAGAAGAGGCUUUAUUCCCGAUGGAGACUUGCUGUAUGGAGUACCCACAUCUGACAGCUACAAAGAUGCAGAUGAAUGCACACUGUUUGGUAAGGAGGUGUGUAAAGGAGGCUUCUGUUCCAAUUCUGUCGGAAGCUACGAAUGUUACUGCAAGAGGGGACAGCACUACGACGCUGACAAACUGGAGUGCAGAGACAUUGAUGAAUGUCUGAAUGAGUCUGCGUGUGCUGGUGGACAGUGUUUGAACACAGACGGCUCAUACAUGUGUUUCUGUACACAUCCGAUGUCGUUGGACCCCACCAGUAACAGCUGUGUCUUCAUCCCUGAGGCGGUUGAGCAUCAUGAGGCGGAGCAGAAAGACUACCUGGGAAUCUGCUGGCAGGCAGUGACAGAGACCAUGACGUGCACAAGGCCUUUGGGUCCCAACAGGAAGACCACAUACACAGAGUGCUGCUGUUUGCAUGGAGAGGCCUGGGGCAUGGACUGUGCCCUUUGUCCACCCAGAAACACCGAGGAUUAUGUGUCCAUGUGUAACCUCGGCGGCCGUGAUGCCCUUGGUGCUGGCCCUAUCCACGAUUAUGAAGUGAGCCCAGACUAUUCACAAUCACCUGAGCAGCACGCUAUCCUGCCUUUUUACGAAAAUGAGGAGGAUCCGCUGAAGGCCUUCGAGGGUUUGCGAGCAGAGGAGUGUGGGGUUCUGAAUGGCUGUGAGAACGGCCGCUGUGUCAGAGUCCAGGAGGGCUACACCUGCGACUGCUUCGAUGGAUACACCCUGGACCUGUCCCGCAUGGCCUGCGUUGACGUGAACGAGUGCUCCGAGCUAAACGAUCGGAUGUCCUUGUGUAGAAAUGCAAAAUGCAUCAACACAAUGGGCUCCUAUCAGUGUGUGUGUCUGCCGGGCUUCACCGCCUCUGCCAGACCCAACUACUGCGUGACAGCAGUGCCGCGCCAAACCCCAACACACCGCGGGGGCAUGGACGCACACUAAGGGGCCACAAGAGACACUACAGCCACAUGCACAAGCUCGUUUUGCUACACUGGGGAGGACGUCCACCAUCAUUCAGCCACUGCAAAAAACAACAACACUAAACUUAAAGAGGAAUCCUCUGGUUUGGUUAAAGCGUCCAACGGCACUCAUAAAUCCCAAACCAGUCUGCGGCUGCUCAUCCAAGGGGACCGUGAGGAUUGUUGGAGAUUCAGGGGUUGUAAUUUACAUUUAGCUGAACCCUUUCCUUUGAAUUAAUCAUUGAAAUAUUUUACUCAACUAUUUAAAUAUUCUUCCAGAUCUGAGUCGUGUUCUUUUAUUCAUUUCCUGUAUUUCUCUUCUGUUUUAAAAACCUGUGGGCCUAAUUUCCUCCUGGUGUUGUAUUGUGUUUUUUUUCCAACAUAUCAUAAAGUGAUCCCAAUAUUAAGACCUAACUAACAUCUUUUAGACUAUGAAUACGGUGAAAUUACAACUGGUUCUUCUCUUUGUUUGAACAGAAAGUUUGACAUUUUUGUUACAACUUUUCUUUUGACAGAUUGAUGGAAGAUUUCUUCUCUGUGCUAAAUAUUGGGAGCUAGAGCUGGGGGGUAAUCAGCCGGGCUGCUACCAUGUUGACAGCAAGGCUGAAUUGCAGAUAUCUUAAUAUAUCAAAUAAAAAAUGAUUUGCACAAAGUAGGUCACAUGUCAACAUGACAUUUUUUUCAUUCCAAUAGGAAGUUUUCGAGGGCAAUAUGUGUGAUAUUCUGACAAUCAAGUACAAAGGGUAAAUGUGCUGUGCCCUGUAAAGAGUGAUUUUGGCCCACAUCCUCAUAUAGGUAUAAUGUUGGUAGUUUACUGUUAGUUUUGGCUGCCAGUAUUUUCUAAGUAGCACAAAAUAUGAAUCCUAUCUCAGAUUCUGGGGCUACUUUUUUGCCUGAUGACAGAGUAAGGGGAUAAGCAAAGACUUAUCAGAUGACAUGGCUGUCCUUUAAGCUGGGGGGCUGAAGAAGUUUGCUUCCUCCAGGAAUUUCUAGCAUCUAAUACUCAUACACUGCAGCGUUAAGUCAUACACGCUAUAUGAAACCAGAGUUGGAUUUAUCUUCACCUGCGUGGUGCCUGUGUGAAGGUAGAAACAUAGAAUUGUAUAAAAUAUAUUUUGUAUGUUCUAAAGUAGCAUUCAAUGUAAUUUAGAAGCCAUUUUGCUGUUAUAACAUAUCGACAAACCCUAUGGACUUGUGUGGGGGGGAUCCAGUCUGAUUUUCUUCAUUUUUGACCCAGUCCCACAGAUAGUGGAUAUUUAACUAUGUGCCCUUCGGUCUGCUCCUUCUUGCUCCGCUGCCAUCUGUCUGCCAUUUGUUUCUCUCCUACAGCGUCACCAAAUCCUUUAAUAUGCACCUGUUGAUGGUUAAAAAACAAGAUGCUGUUGGAGUUAAGCUCUCUGUUGGAUUUUGUCUCUGUUUUGUAAGACUGGGAAAAUGCAAUCAUAAAACUGCUUAUUGUUUUUAGCCAUAACACAAUGUCCAUUGUCAUACGUCUCAAAAAGGACUGAAAGACUUUGAGCUUCCUGGUAUUGCUUCCUUUCUUCCUUCCUUCAACAUAUACACCAGGUAUUUUUGACGACUGAAAUGCAUUUUUAUUAUCUGCACUUUGCUGCGAUGUCUAAAGCUGCUUGAGACAGCAAUUGGAGAAGAGGCCCAUUUAAACAAAAGAGUGGGAAAACAGCUGAUACAUUUUUGAUGUGUAAAUGAAUUAAUAGAUUAUUCUAGGAAUUUGCAUUGGCCAGCUUUUUGGUUAUUAGUGUUUGAAACAUUGGCAAGUUAAUAUUUCUAUGUUUGCAUUUUUACUUUUGAUCAAAUUGUGAAAGUUUUCAUUCUAAAAGCUACAUAGUCUACGCUUUUUCUAAUGCAUGUCAUUAUAUCAUCCACUUGUUUCAAAUGGUAUGAAUUUUAAAUAGGCAUUAAACACCGAUGCAUUGCUCA